CUGCCCUGGCCAGCACUGGUGUCUCUGCUGCCCUAGCCCCUCCACAUACACAAACAUAUCCCUCGAGGAUCUGACAUGCCCAGCAGAGGAGCAGGUAGCCUGAGCCAUCUGUCCUGGAUAACCAGUGCUCCCCAUUUCUCAGCCCCAAGCCAAGGGGGCCACUGCUUCAUCCUGCUGCUGUUGCUGCUGCUAAGUAAUGGGGUACAGAUACUCUGUGCCCAUGCCCAUGAAGUACCCGACCUGGCCCAACCUGGCUGCUCUGGAGGGAGCUGUUAUCCUCCCACUGGCAACCUAGUUGUGGGCAGGAGCCAGAGUCUCCAUGCCUCGUCCACCUGUGGUUUGAGGGGACCUGAGCCCUACUGUAUUGUCAGCCACUUGCAGGACUCUGAGAAAUGCUUCUUCUGUGACUCAAGGGGCCAGGGAGGACACAGAAUCAAGAAUGUGAUCUCCCUGAGUGGGCCUGAUGGGGAAAGAACAUGGUGGCAGGCCGAGAGUGGCGUGGAGAAUGUCAGUAUCCAGCUGGACUUGGAGGGCGAAUUCUACUUCACCCACCUUAUCAUGACCUUCAAGACUUUUCGCCCAGCUGGUCUACUCAUCGAGCGUUCAGCAGAUGGGGGUCGUUCCUGGAGGGUUUACCGAUACUUUGCUCACAACUGCUCUGGCCUCUUCCCUGGGGUUCCCCUUACACCUGGCCACAAAGUCAGCGAUCUCGUUUGUGACCAGCGUUACUCAAACAUUGAACCAUCAAGCCAGGGUGAGGUAAUUUUCAAAGUUCUGGACCCAGCCAUCCCUGUGGAGGAUCCCUAUAGUCCAGAGAUCCAAGAGCUUCUUCGAGUUACCAACCUGAGGGUGAAUUUCUCUAAGCUACACACAUUGGGAGACGGGCCCCUGGGGGUCUGGGGACGCCACCACGGGCCUCACUACUACUAUGCUUUGUACGAGCUUGUGGUCCGAGGAAGUUGCCUGUGCCACGGACAUGCUUCUGAGUGUGCGCCUGCUCCUGGUGCCCCACCUAGUGUAGACGGCAUGGUUCAUGGGCUUUGUGUGUGUCAGCACCGGACAGCUGGACCACACUGUGAACGCUGCCAGGACCUGCACCAUGACCAGCCCUGGCAUCCAGCCGAGCCCGGGAAUCCUCAUGCCUGUCAGGAAUGUGAAUGCCACCAGCAUGCCAGGAGUUGCCACUUUGACAUGGCUGCUUUUGUGGCCUCGGGCAAUGUGAGUGGAGGUGUGUGUGACGCGUGUCAGCACCACACAGCCGGGAGGCACUGUGAGAUCUGCCGACCCUUCUACCACCGGGACCCCCGUGAAGACCCCCGCUCCCCAUACACAUGUAAACCUUGUGACUGUGACCCUUCAGGCACCUUGGAUGGGGGUCUCUGUGACACACACACAGAUGAGGUACAGGGGCUCCUCUCUGGACAGUGCCGAUGCAAAGCCCACGUGUGGGGCCCACGCUGUGAUACCUGUCGUCCUGGUUACUAUGGCCUGAGCCCAGCACUACCUGAAGGUUGUUUGUCUUGCAAGUGUGAUCCACGGGGUACGGUCCCAGGUGAUACUCCUUGUGAUGCCAUCAGCGGUGACUGCUAUUGCAAACGUUUUGUCACUGGCCAAAACUGUGACCAAUGCCUGCCAGAAUUCUGGGGACUGAGCAGUGACUUCACUGGUUGCCGGCCUUGUGACUGUGAUUUUGGUGGAGCCUACAGCAACAGGUGCUCGUCAGGGGAGGGACUUUGUCCUUGUCGCCCCCACCUACAAGGCCGAGACUGCCUCGAGCUCCAGUCUGGCUACUUUUGUGCAGCCCUGGACCAAGCCAUAGCUGAGGCAGAGCUUGGGCAGAGGCUCAAGCCCUCCGACCCCCGGCUACCUGGAGCCCCUCUACCUGAUGCCCCCCCCAACUGCCUGCCAACAACAAGACCUAUGCUGAAGAGGCUUAGACCCCGGCUGAGGCGCCAGCGUAGCGCCCCCUGCCCUCCCCAUGUUACUCGCCGUGGACGCCACAGUCGCCAGCCAUCCAAGGGUGCUGGGGAACCCCAGCCUUGGGCCAGGGGUCCUCCCAUCUCCUCCUGGACAGGCCCUGGGUUUGCCAGGGUGGAGGACAAGGCCGGCCUCAUGCUCCAGGCCCCGUCGGUGCCACGAGCCAUGGAAUAUGACAUCGUUCUGCGUUAUGAAGCUCAGGCCCCUGAGGACUGGGAGGCCCUCAUCAGUGUCCGUGCCUCCUCCCUGCCCAGCAGCACCCGCUGUGCCAAUGUGUUGCCCUCAGAGCAGCUCUAUCAGGUGGCCCUACCCCCCAGGCACAGAGCUGUGGUUCUGUCAAGACCCUUCUGCUUUGAACCUGGAACCAGAUACACGGUCACUUUGAGACUGCGGCGAGUGAUGGGUGCACGGAGCCUCCCCGGGGAAAGCAUCCUGCUAGAUUCGGUGGUGCUUCUGCCUCGAGUGGAGGAGCUUCCUGGCCUAAGAAGAGGGGACCCUGGAGCAUUGGGGCGCCUAAGAGAACUCAGUCAUGCUCAGUGCCUUGAAGCUGCAAGAACACCCCCUGUAGGGCCCCCAUCAGAAUCCUGUGCCCGCCUGAUCUGUAGCAUCUCUGCUCUACUACAUGGUGGUGGCUUGGCCUGUGAGUGUGACCCACAGGGUUCUCUGAGCUCUGAGUGUGCCCGUGUGGGUGGCCAGUGCCCAUGUCGACCCCACGUCAUUGGCCAGCGCUGUGACCAGUGUGAGCCCCAGACGUAUGGCUUUGGCCCAGCAGGCUGCACUGAGUGUCGUUGCUCCCCCGAGGGUUCCACCAGUUUGGCCUGUGAUCCUUUAAGUGGACAGUGCUUGUGCCGGCCAGGCAUCACAGGACGAAGGUGUGACCAGUGCCUGACUGGCCAGUGGGGCUUCCCUCGGUGCCAGCCCUGUGAGUGUAAUGGGCAUGCAGAGAAAUGCCACCCCCACACAGGUGUGUGCCAGGCCUGUGGAGAUGCCACCACCGGGCGUCACUGUGAAAGGUGCCAAGAUGGUUACUACGGAGACCCUGUCCUAGGCUCGGGACAGCAGUGCCGGCCCUGUCCAUGCCCUGGGAUCCUGGGCUCUGGUCAUUACCAUGGCACUUCAUGUCAGGCAGACGGCGGCAGUGAACGAAUCCUGUGUCUCUGCGCUCCAGGUUAUGCAGGUCCUCGCUGUGACCGAUGCUCUGCUGGCUACUUUGGGCGCCCGUGGCCAGAGGAGGAACUGGGGGGGGCACCUUGCCGACCCUGCCAGUGCAACAACAACAUCGACCCUAGCGACCCCAUGGCCUGUGACCCCCACAGUGGGCACUGCCAGCGCUGUUUACACCAUACCCAUGGACCACACUGUUCACACUGCCAGCCUGGCUACUAUGGCAAUGCCCUCCGGCCACGAGGCUGCCGGCGUUGUAGCUGUGACCUACAAGGCACAGUGCCUGCCCGGUGCCUGCCCGGAAGUGGCAUCUGCUUCUGUGAUAGGCUCAGUGGGCACUGCCCCUGCCGCCCCCAUGUCCUAGGGCGGCUCUGUGACCGCUGUGCCCCCCAGUUCUGGAACCUGGGAGGGCCUCGGGGCUGUGAGCCCUGUGCUUGUCACACCCAGCACUCGGUUCAGCUAACCUGUCACUCGGUCACUGGUCAGUGCCCGUGCCAGGAAGGAUUUGGGGGACGUACCUGCUCCCAGUGCCAGGAAGGGUACUGGGGGGACCCAGAGAAGGAGUGCAGAGCCUGUGCCUGUGACCCUCAGGGCUCAGUCUCUCUGCAUUGCCACCCUAGGACAGGGGCCUGCUCAUGUCGAGAUGGCAUCUCAGGCCCUCAGUGCAAGGCCUGUGCUCGGGGUUCCCAGGGCACUUUCCCUCACUGCCGUCCCUGCCCAACCUGCUUCUCUCACUGGGACGAACGACUGGGUGCCCUACAGCAGCGGCUGGCCACAUUGGCUCAGGGCAGGGAUGCCUUGAGUGAGGCGGCUACUGACCAGGGCAGUGGGGGGCGGCUGCUGGCCCUGGAGGCAGCCAUGGGGCAGGUCCAGGGAGUCCUGGUGUCCGCCCACCCCCUGGUGGGGCCCUUGCAGCAGCUCGUGCAACAGCGGGAUGGACUCAGGAGGCAGGUGUCAGUGGUGGGUUGGGCGCUUCGAGUGGUGGAGCAGAGUGUGAGUGUGAGUGGUCCCUGGGCUGGAGCUCAGCACACCCGCAUAGGCCAGCUGACUCAAGAAGUAGAACACCUCAACCGCUUGACCGCCCAGCUCAAGGAGGCUGCAGGGGGAGCCCAGGAUGCAGCUUCCCUGGUCUCUAGGGCUGCUCUGAUCUCCCAGGAGGCCGAGUUGGGUGUCAUAGCCACAAGUACCCUGACAGACACAGAGAGUGCCCUGAGUCAAGCCCACAAUGUCCGAUGCAGAACAGAGGGGCUGCUGCGGGAAACGAAGCUUCCCUUCAGGGCAGCUGCUUGGGGCGACCAGCUCAGGGGACUUGUGAAUGCCUCCUGGGCCCUGAGCCCCAGCCUGGCCCAGAUCAAGGUAUGUGGCAGGCAUUGGGGCAUGGGGAGGGCCUGCGCUCUCUCCCACUGUGGGCCAGCCUCCUGUUCUGGAGCGCUGCCCACUUCCCUGUGGGCACUGGCGACUGCUCACAACACAUCCCAUGCUUUGGGUGCCUCAGGUAGCAGACUGGGGCGGCUGCGUCGUCGGCUGCAACGGGUUGGGACCACGGCCGAGGCUGCCCACUCACAGGCUGAGGAAACACUGAGCCGAGCUCAAGCCACGUGGCAUGGGGCUAGUGCUGCUCCCAUCUUGGCCACCAUCCAGAGGAUCCGGGCCUUCCUUACAGAUGAAGGGGCUGAUCCUGAGAGUGUGGAGCUGGUGGCCCAGAGGGUCCUGAAUAUUCCCCUGCCCCAGGGGGGCCAGAGAGCUGUCCAACAGCUGCUAGAGGAGAUCCAUGGUGCCCUCCAGCUUCCAGACAGUCUGGACUGGGCUCUGCCUUCAGCCCAGGGCCUCCUUCAGCAAGCGCAGUGGGCCAGAGAGGGUGCAGACAAAACCCAGGACAACGUAGCGAAGACCCGGGGAGCUCUAGCUGAGGCCCAGAACAACGUAGGGAGAGUGGAGAGAGAGCUUCGGAAAACAAAGCAGGCGCUGAGGGGCCUGGAGGUCCAGACACAGGAGAUGGCAUUAGGGCUGGUUCAGGCUGCCCAUGAUCUGGAUGUAGGUUCCACCCUUGACCAGCUCCUGGGGGCAGCAGAUGCUCUGCAGGCUCAGGUGUCAGAAAAUAAACUACAGUUGAAGGAGGCCCAGGAGCAGGCAAAACAGGCAUCAGACACAGCUGCAAACUUGGGCAAGGAGCUGCAGACAGCCAAGCUACAGUUCUCAGAGCUGCAGUCUGGGAUCCAUGGUCUUGGGGACGGGGUGAAUGGAGCCAGAGAUCGUUUGCAGCGAAUUCAGGCAGAAGCCAGGGAGCUGCUGAAGAAAGCCAGCAGGAGCUGGAAUCGCCUAGAGGGGCUGGAGAAACGCUUUGCCAGGAAUGAGCAGGCACUUGGAGAGAAGGCAGCUGAGCUGCGGGCCCUGGAGGGCAGAGCCUUGGGGCUGCUGGAGCAGCUGAGGCAGGACGCCAGUGCCCAUGCCACCUGCUGAUCCAGCGACCCCCAGUAAAACGAAGACCCCCCCCUUCCCCGCCCCCCAGAAAAAGUCCCAGAGUCUUAGGAUACA